AUCCUCUGGCUGCCUAAUAAGUUUCGGAUGGAUGUGAGGCAGUCAGCACCCAGGUUCCAGCACAUCUAUGGCCUGGAAAGUUUGGACAACAAGACCGGAAAAUUCCCACGAGUCAACCUGGCUUACCAAAAACUGAGCAGCAGAGAAAUCAGGGAAUACCACCGUAACAACGUCUCGGUCAACCUGUUUGUGAUCAACGCUCCGUGGCUCUUCUCCGUCCUGUGGUGCGCUGGGACGACUUCGGUCACCACCAAUGCCUGCCAGGUGCUUCAGAAGAUGCAGCAUCCCCUCUGGCUGCUGCCUCGUGCCACCUAUCAAAUGAUCUGGAUUGUGGCCGACUGCGUCUCCCUCCUGCUGGUUCUCUCGGCUUUCUUGCUGCUGAAAAGACGGUCUCGGAAAAAGGAUUCGAGAGGUUCCAGCUCCGAUGUGCUCCUGACAAAGAUCCACAGCCUCUUGUCCGAGUGAGGUUGAAGCGGUCAAAAGCUCUGGGCUGUGCCCCUCCCCCCACAACUCGCUAGUCUUGGCAGGACUCUCCUCUUUCAAACGCUUCGCUGGGAAGGAACAGGCCGUCCUCCGUGUCUGGUGUCUGCUGGCAGCGGCGGCUGCUGGGAUCCGUUUCAGGGGCCUCUGUUGCACAGCCCUCAAAAGGAGCAGCUAGCAGGCUGCGCGCUGCAUUUCGUCUUGGAGAGCCGAACCCGGAGCCUUCCCGCAUCCUGGAGCUACUGCUAGAGCUUCAGGAGAGAAUUAGGGAGCUACCGCCUCUCCUGCGGGACACGGUUUCUUGAUGGGGGGGGGGACUGGGAGGGAUGUUGGAAGUGCCCAAUAAAGCUCUUUGUACAGGCUGGGAAACCCGGAGCUGCUGUGACGACUUCUUCCUCUCCCAGGCGGCCCAAAUAAAGCAGGAGGGGUGGGGGGGGACGGCAUCCUUUCAAUGCACAGCUAUCUCCGUGUUCCACCUCUAGUGGCUUCCUGGCCCAGCCUGUGUGCUGGCCGUCUAGCUGAGUUCAGAGGCUCCAGGGUGGGGAAAGCAGGCUAACCUCACGUGAGUCAGGGGUCUUGGCCCCAACGGCUACAUUCCUUCCCGUGUGGAAGUGUGUCGGAUUGCAGGUUCAGCCCCGAGGUUUUUUCCAGGAACAGCCUUCAACGGCAGAGCGUGCAAAACAACAACACCCAGCAGGCGAGUGCCAGAGGCUGCUUCUUUUAGGAACAAAGUGCUACUUUCUGUCUUGCGUGUUAAUAAUUCACUUUUUCUUAUUAAAAAAACCGAGCAACCGCUCUUUUGCUUCAAGCGGUGAUGAUGUAACAGGAAGUGAAUUUAUACUGAUUUUAAAAUGGACUGGGGUCAAAAGGUUCACAGAAAUUGAUUGGGAAAACUCUAGUUGGGCGAGGUCCCUCAUGACAGGUGACCUCCUUAUUCCAAGAAAAAGUGUGCCUUGUUCUAAGAAAUAUUUAGCAGCCCGGCAUUCAAACGGUAUCAAUCAAUCUAUUAACUCGUGAGUCAGGCGGAGAAAGUUCAUUCAGGUAGCAGCCUUAAUUAGAAAAAUUAGGGACCUGAAAAUGGAGUAAUUGGAAGCACACUGCUUCUAGCGAUAAAACAUACCCACAUGCCAGUGUAAGCUAGUUUAUAUGGAACCCGGAAAACAGGAAAAUCUCUCUUGGCCAAGGGCCUCCUGCCCCAAGAAUUUCCUCCAGGGCCAAUGUGGCUGAAAGCUCCCAGCAUGCACCAAGAGCUUUGCCAGAACAAAGCAGGAAAGCAAGGCCACCAGGCACAUUUCACCACAAUGGCCAAGGUUAUACCUCACCUGAGCCGUGAACCCUGGUUGCAAACCCCCAACGUUCAGCUCACGUGGGCCCCAACCCAACAAAGCUCACUGCAUGAGGGUGAGCAGCUCUUCCAUUAUCAGGAACAAUGCCCAGGAACCCACAAACCACCAAGGAAACGGGGAGCAACAUGGACCUGCUGUCAUGAGGGCCGAUAACUUGUAGGGGCAGUGCUUGCUCCUACCCUUCUGUCCAAGGGGGUCAGUCUCUUGGCUAUUUAAGCUUUCCUGCACUGCAACCCUCGACCAGCAGGGGGCACUGUCUCCGAUUCAGCAGGAAAACCAGUUUGUCCAGAAGAGAAAUGUUGGGGUCUCCCCCAUUGUUUCUCAGGAACUGGAAAUGUUAGUCACUGAAUCCAGGACUUUCUAAGUGAAACGACGCAGAGCCUUGAGCUAAGGGAGA